AUGCCCCCCUUGGAAGCCGUCGGGGCCGCUCGCCCACGGCAUCUUCGCCAGGCAGCAGUGGCGCCCAAAACCCCAGAACCAUUUGCUGAAAUCCAAGCGCAACCCCCGUCACCAGCGCGACCCAAGUUUCGCUUAAGGAGGCGAGCUACAUCAUCACAACUCAACGCCCCGACGCAACAAUUCCUCGCAUCAGUUGCCGCCGCCGACGUUCCUGUUCCCAGUAUUGAAGGGCCUCAGGUAUACGACGACGAAGACAUGCUGAGCAUCGCUUACCCGUCUAUUCCUCAACUGGACCGGAUUGACGACGUCGCAUUUGAACACCCAAGUCGGAGGACCACCUUCUCACCGCCCAAGACUCCAGCACCCGAAUUCCCUGCAUCGCCGUCAACGAAGCAGUUUCCAGACUGGUCAAUCGAUGCUGCCCUUAGCAGCCGUGAGUCCAGCCCCGAGUAUGACAGCAGCCGACCUUCCACGGCAAGGUCGAGCGAGACCAGCUCGUCACUGUUUAGUCGCUUCUCUCUUGCAUCGGAAGACCUGAGCCAAUGCGCUAGCCCUGAGAGCGAUGAUUGUGACCGGUUUGGCAGUUUCCUUUCGCCAGAGGAUGCCGAUAGGACGAUUAGGUCACUCAUGACUGCUACACGAUCAGCUAAAUCAAGAAAAGCUCCUUGGACCAGGGCAAUGAGCCAGCAUCUUUGGUCCACAUAUGCCAUGUAUCUGCAAGAUCCGAAGGUUACACCUUUCCAAGUUGGCAAGAGCGGCAUUCCUCCACCCGGAGUCUGCAUGCGCGUGGCCAGGGAAGCCAAGAGAAGCUGGAAAGGCUCCAGGCCUGUGGUGAUAUCCGGAAUCAAGAGCGGCAGUUCAACGCCAACAGGCGAGGCUGCUGGGCCAUAUAUUGAGUGGCCACACACAUGCGCAGCCACCAGAGGUCACUUGCGAGAGCUCUGCAAAGCUCGCAGCGGGCCAUCUCGCAGCCUCCAAAACCUUUCCAACAGCCCGGCAUCAUUUGGGAAGUCUAUAAAUCGGUUUUGGAACCGUCGAUCAGCGCCUGCCGGCUCUCCCUCAGUUUUCUCUGGUUCAGAUAUGGCUAUGUCCCUAGCUGUUUGCACAUCAGAUUCCAUGCAACUCCAAGGGCCUUUGGCCCAGUUGACCGCCUCGCAGCCCGAACCGUCAACGGAGGCCACCACGCUAGGACACCAGCCAAUGUCCGCCCUUGGAGACACAGACACCUUCGAUCAACCCAGACCACCUCUCGGGUCUCCCUUCAUUGCUAGAAGUUAUGGACCUAGCUCAUCCACAGGGUUGGAAGAGGCCUUUGAUUUCAGUCCUGAAGCCCAACGACAAGCCCGGACGGUCGGUACGCGGCGAGGCUUGAGAUCGCCUUUGAGACUCGACCAGAGUCGGUCGAGCAUGCAAAAGCGCAGAUCUAAGCAGUCCGUGUUAGAACCACAACGUACCAAGCGGCCUAGUCUAGGCUCGGACUUCUGGAUAGAUCCAGCAAGCAACGAGAAUGAGGCAUCCAGUGCGCCCCUUAUCCAAUUCAGCUCCACCGAUUCCAACCAUCAUGACAGCCUUUUUGUUCCUCGCGCCAACUUGCAGGAACUCUUCGAGGCCUCGCAUCCUGGUCCGGCACCAGCUGGGCCCUCGAGUUUCCCCCCAACAACUGGCUUGACGCCUUCACAGACUGUCCCCGCCAGGCUAGGCUCGCCAUUCUCAGCAAAGGCUACGAGCCACUCAUUUCCGAACCGCCACUUCAGCGUCUCGACAAUCAAUGUGGACGCUGUCGUCCGUCCAUUUGCUACUGUACACCAAACUGGCGGGGAGAGUGUGAACAGUACUUCGUCAUCAUCUAACAAGACGCCACUCGCCAACCGCCUUGCAUAUAUCGAUGAACGCCUGAAGGGCUUUCGCCGCGGAGACAGAGAGGGUCGACGGUCGCAAUCGCCUUUCUGA